AAGUUCCACACUGAUGACAUUUGCUGCUUGGAUGACUCACUGAACCUGAACUCAUAAUGUUUGCCAGUGCCGUUGGCAUUAUUAUCAUGUUUAUUGUCAGCCAAUGGGCUGGGCUGCAAGGAUGACAUCAUGGGCUAGGGAACAGCAAGAAGCCAGUGAAGCAUCCAGCCUGUUCAACAGCCAGGGUUUGGGGUCAGGGACCGGUCUGACAACAGAAUGGCAAUCCUGCCGAUGGACUGUCACUAGGGCUUUGAUAUCCUGCGAUGAAUUCAUCAGAACACUGGACCCAAAGGCUGUAUACUGAGCAAAAGAAUGACAAGAUAUAAUUCAGAAGUACAGUAAACAAACUCUUGACAGAAAAGCAACAACAAAGCAAUGACUGACAUCUAAACAAAUGGCAAGCAUCACUACAGAAUUUUGUGGUUGGACGUUUUAAUUCUGCUUCUUUACUGCUCUGUGAGGAUCGUAUCCAGGAAAUUUAAGGCCAUUGUGAGUUCUGCUAAAGAUGUCCGAUAGUGUCGAUAUUGAAGAGAAACCGCCAGCCCCCCCCUUGAGAAUGAACAGUAACAAUAGAGACUCUUCCUCAGCAAACCACAGCUCUAAACCUCUCCCAAUGGCUCCAGAAGAGAAGAACAAGAAGGCCCGACUCCGUUCUAUCUUCCCUGGAGGAGGUGAUAAAACUAAUAAGAAGAAAGAGAAGGAACGUCCUGAAAUAUCACUUCCUUCUGACUUUGAGCACACAAUUCAUGUUGGCUUUGAUGCAGUAACAGGAGAAUUCACAGGAAUUCCUGAGCAGUGGGCUCGGUUACUCCAGACCUCCAACAUUACCAAACUGGAACAGAAGAAGAACCCACAGGCUGUGCUGGAUGUUCUCAAGUUCUAUGAUUCCAAAGAGACAGUGAACAACCAGAAGUACAUGAGCUUUACUUCUGGAGACAAAUCAGCACAUGGUUACAUAGCACCCAAUGCUCUGACUCGUCUCCUGUCCUCUGGGGCUCCAGUUACCCUUAGAACCCUCAGCGCAGCAAUUUAUGACAAGGGCACAAAGACAGCAUCAGAGCCCCCACUGGCCCCACCAGUGUCAGAAGAGGAGGAUGAUGAUGACGACGAAGAUGAUGAUGAUGACAACGAGCCCCCUCCUGUCAUUGCACCUCGGCCAGAGCACACCAAAUCAAUUUAUACCCGCUCUGUUAUUGAGCCAGUAGCUCCCCCAGCUCCAGUGAAGGAGGUCUCAACUUCACCCGUGUCUUUGGUAUCUGAAAACACAUCCAGCACACUGUACAGACACACUGACCGGCAGAGAAAGAAGUCCAAGAUGACAGAUGAAGAGAUUUUAGAGAGAUUAAGAAGCAUAGUGAGUGUGGGAGACCCGAAAAAGAAAUACACACGUUUUGAAAAAAUAGGACAAGGGGCAUCUGGUACUGUGUACACGGCAAUAGACAUUGCCACUGGACAGGAGGUGGCGAUCAAACAGAUGAACUUGCAGCAGCAGCCGAAGAAGGAGCUGAUAAUAAAUGAAAUCCUUGUGAUGAGGGAAAACAAAAACCCCAAUAUUGUUAACUAUUUGGACAGUUACCUGGUUGGUGAUGAGCUGUGGGUGGUGAUGGAAUACUUGGCUGGGGGCUCACUCACAGACGUGGUGACUGAGACUUGCAUGGACGAGGGACAGAUAGCAGCAGUCUGUCGAGAGUGUCUACAGGCUUUGGACUUCCUCCACUCGAAUCAGGUGAUCCACAGGGACAUUAAAAGCGACAACAUUCUCCUUGGAAUGGAUGGAUCUGUGAAAUUAACGGAUUUUGGCUUCUGUGCCCAGAUCACCCCAGAGCAGAGCAAACGCAGUACCAUGGUGGGCACACCCUACUGGAUGGCCCCAGAAGUGGUGACUCGGAAAGCCUACGGCCCCAAAGUGGACAUCUGGUCUUUGGGGAUCAUGGCAAUAGAGAUGGUGGAGGGAGAGCCGCCAUAUCUUAAUGAAAAUCCACUCAGGGCUUUGUAUCUUAUUGCUACCAAUGGAACACCAGAGCUACAGAACCCAGAGAGACUGUCUGCAGUGUUCCGGGACUUUCUGAAUCGUUGCCUAGAGAUGGAUGUAGACAGGAGAGGAUCAGCUAAGGAACUGCUACAGCAUCCAUUCUUAAAAUUAGCCAAACCCCUCUCAAGCUUGACGCCAUUGAUUGUAGCAGCAAAGGAAGCCAUAAAAAACAGCAGCCGUUAAGGAAGAUCAAAGUCCUUCUGAUGGAGACUCACAAAAAACACGCGUACUGGACCUCUGUAUUAAGGCUAUGGGAGUGGACUACAAAUGGGACUGCACAAUGAAAACAGCAACAACAAAGGAAUUCAGCAUUUUCUUUGCUGCUCCCGAGGCCCAGGAAUUUAUCUUGACUCCCUUUACUUUCUAAAAACACUAUUCAUUGUGGAACUGUCAUGUCUGUCAGGAGUAUUUGUUUUUCAGGGAGUCUGGGCUAGCAGAGAUCCAUAUUUCUUCUUUUUACUCCUGGAAUCAGAGAGCAAUUCAAGAAGAAACAAAAAAACGGAAGAAAUAUAUUGCCAGUCUUUUCAACUGUUGAAACUCUCAAAAGGCCUCGGUUUAUUCCCUGUCCAUUGGCUGUCCAACUAAGAUCCUUGUUUUCCUGUAUUUCCAUGAGCUAGACUGGUCCAAAUGCUUUUCAUUGUACACCUCAAUGACUGAAGCAGAGGAACUACCAAAUUUGUUCCGGAACCUUGAAAUGACUGCAUGAUCAUGUCUCUCAUUACAUAAUAUAAUGGAUUUCCUCAUAUCUUAUAUUUUGAGUCUCAAACGUCAUUCGUGUGAUGCUGGUGUAAAUCCAUUGGAACAGGAUCAAUUUUGUUUUAGUCGUUCUUUAAAGUCAGAGUCAGUGAAGUGACAUCAGUGUUUUUCAGGCAGGCUUCAACUGUACAGCUAAACUGGUCCAUCAUUUCUGGAUGACAUUUAGUGAUGCUGAGAACAGAAAGCCGUGAUACAAACUGGAUAACCAACUGAAUAGUUUUUCAGGCUUCAAACGGUUGAGGAUUGGAUUUGAUCCCUUUUAAUGGUUUAAAAGUGCAAGAAUAAAUUAAGCAAUGAUUUAGGCUCCUCAUUUAGAUUGCCUCUGAAAGACAAAAUUAUUAAGAAAGUUUGGUUCUUAUUUUUCUUUCAAUUAAGAGACAGCUGGUAUUGUAAAGAGUUCCCCUGUAGCGCAAGCCGUUUGUCCACAGGGGUGGAAACUUGCAAGCAUGUUUCUGAAGUUGGACGAUAAGAUCAUCUGUCUGUUAGAUCAGGUCAACGUGUAUAUAAUUUUUACAAGGGGUGCUAUUUUUUUUAAUGCUUUUUUCAACUACAGGUCCCACUUCUGUUCCAGGAGCUUAUUUUUAGAAAUAAUAUAGAAAAAACAAGAGUCAAAGACAACAGUUAUUGUUAGUGUUUUUCAAUCAUUUACAAGUAAAAAUGUUCUAAGAGUGA